CAAUUGUGAUGUCAUUUUUCAAUACACCGAAUGAAUGUGUGAUUAAAAUUUUUAGGCUUCCAACAAAAUUUACUGAUCCUAAUAAUAUAUAUUUGUCCUAACAGUGAAAAUGGAGUUGAACGAUGUUAUAGUUAACCAACCUGUCGUUAUAGAUAAUGGAUCCGGAGUAAUAAAGGCAGGAUUCGCUGGCGAUCAAAUACCAAAAUGUAGAUUCCCAAAUUAUAUCGGCCGUCCGAAACACAUUCGUGUGAUGGCCGGAGCCCUAGAAGGGGAAUUGUUUGUUGGACCGCGGGCCGAAGAGCACAGGGGUCUGCUGAGCAUCAAAUACCCCAUGGAACAUGGUAUUGUCACGGACUGGAAUGAUAUGGAACGGGUGUGGAAUUAUAUUUACAGCAAGGAUCAACUGUCCACAUUCUCGGAGGAGCACCCGGUUCUACUCACGGAGGCACCGCUGAACCCACGCAGGAACAGGGAGAAGGCUGCGGAGGUUUUCUUCGAGACAUUCAAUGUGCCGGCUCUGUUUCUGUCCAUGCAGGCUGUGCUCAGCUUAUACGCCACGGGCCGCACCACGGGCGUGGUGCUCGACUCCGGGGACGGUGUCACCCACUCCGUUCCGAUUUACGAGGGGUUCGCGAUGCCGCAUAGCAUUAUGCGGGUGGAUGUGGCCGGCCGUGACGUCACUAGGUAUUUGAGGCUGCUGCUCCGCAAAGAGGGCGUAAACCUCCGGACGUCAGCGGAACUGGAGAUCGUGAAGGCCAUCAAGGAACGAGCCUGCUACCUGUCUCCGAACCCCCUUAAAGAGGAGACCCUGGAUUCGGAACGGGCGCACUACACCUUACCCGAUGGUACACAAUUGGAGAUUGGCCCAGCGAGGUUCCGUGCACCAGAAGUGUUAUUCAGACCAGACCUCAUAGGUGAAGAAUGUGAAGGUCUCCACGAAGUGCUAAUGUUCGCAAUCCAAAAGUCCGACAUGGACCUGCGCAAAGUGCUGUACCAGAACAUAGUGCUCAGCGGCGGUUCAACGUUAUUCCGCGGCUUCGGAGACCGGCUGCUGGCGGAGAUCAGGCGUCUGGCACCUAAGGACAUGAAGAUUAGGAUCUCAGCACCACAAGAGCGUCUCUACUCAACCUGGAUCGGGGGUUCGAUUCUCGCGUCGCUAGACACGUUCAGAAAGAUGUGGGUUUCUAAACGGGAGUACGAUGAAGAGGGCCACAGGGCUGUGCACCGCAAGACAUUCUAAUUUAUCGUUAAAAUAAAUUUAAUCGCUAAUGAAUUUAUAACGCCCGUUUAUACGACCGCGACACGAUAUGUCGUAUCGUCGAAUAAUUUAUGUGUAAUUUAUGUGUAUAUGGGGAAAAAAUCAUUGAGAUUAGAACGUUUAUUAUUUGUAGUUUCAAUUGAAUGCGUUUAUAUUAAAAUAUUAUGUGUAAAAUCUAUUUUUUCAUAGUUUACAAACAAAAACUUAGUUUUCUUGCUUUCGUGUCAUUCAUGUCAUAGUUUAUUUAAUAUGCCUUAUUGAGGUGCUAUGCUUACGAUAAGAGGUUUAAUACGCGCUUUCAUACUAUCCUUCGUCUCUGUAACUCCUAAAUAGAUCUAAAUCCCAUAAUAGAAUUGUAAUUAAAUUUAAAUGCGUGAAAAGCUAAUAUAAUGACGUAUUUACCAUCCAUGUUAUGACAAAAAUUAUCCUGCGUCACAAAAUAAAUAUCAUUCAUCGCUCCAUAAAAAUUCAUUCAAUUCCAUCCAACGACCGACCCUUGAGAUUGUAACAGAGGGAGUCACCUUCGAUGUAUAAUUUAGUGUGAUAAAAUAAGAAAAAUCAUCAGCGAUAAAAAGUCGUAACGAAGUCGUAUAAACGGGUUCCAAGUCAUUUAGUAUUGACUGCGGCGUUGCUUACUAGUUGUAUUAAUUAUGAUAACACGAAUAAUAGCUUAAAAAUAAUAAAAAACAUUAACCAACAUUAUAAACUACGUUAUGGUUAAAUGUGAAAAGUAAAAAUACUUUAAGAAGUGCAAGAGCCAUAAAAAUGGCAUACUCAAUACGUUCAUCACAUUCUUUCUUACGGCAAAUUACCUAAUGAGGGAAAGAGACAGUUGCUGAGUGUUACAUAUUUUUAACUGUGACGUACUUUAUAGAUGUUGCCAUACACAAGGUUGUUAUUCCACAGGCAGAGACAACUUAUCAAAGUAUCAUAGACAUGAGUAUGUCAAAUUUCGUAAAGGAAUCAUAAAGUUUUUAUAUACUGUUACAGAUAAAAUAUAAUUUAUGCAUUAUUUAAUUUUUCAUACCGAGUUGAAGUCAUGGGAAGAAUCUAAGUUGAUCUGUAGCCAACCUUCCCACUUGUGUUUUAUAAUCUGUGGUUGUUCUGCUUAAUUUAUUCUGUAGCAAUUAAUUGUAUCUGUUCUUUAGUAUAUAAGCAGCUAUACACUUUUCUUUGCGUAAAGACCAAUUAUUUAGUUAAGUUCGAAUUAUUGACGUGCAUAUAUUUUUAACUGGCAAUUACCUAGCUAUUCUACUAAUUACAAAGUUGUUAAUUCUAGAUGGAAGUUGUAAGGAAUCGUUUUAGUUUAUAAUCUGGCAAUAUUUAAUUGAAAUGAAAUAAUUAAAAUCACUGGUACUAAUAUAUGCACGUAAUACCACAGUCUAAUAAAGCAUACAGUCGUUCAAUGAAAACGUUUAGAUGUGUCAAUCGUGCGGGGCAAGGGGGUGUCCCGAGCUGCAUACACUAUAAUGUUAGCAGCUCGGGACACUAUUUAGGGGCUACGCGCACGUUUUAAUGUUAUUUUCAUCAUAAGUGCAUUAUUGGCUAUCAUGAAGUUGUCUCAACCGCGAUGUUGACUAGACGUUAUCGGCUUUGCCUACGAAAACAAAGUUGUACCACUGUAUGCUGCUCUUUGUACUGUGGUAAUACAUAGAUGUAUGAAGCUCAUAAAGUAUUUAUAUUAGAGAUUUUUUUAUUCCAAUUAAAUUA